UGAAAAACAAGCGACAACAGACGACCUCUCGUCAUUUAGGUCCGCCGCUUGAGAGCAGGACGGUUCAGCUGGAGGGAACACCUUUCUAAAUUACACCAGAGGUAGAUUUACACACACACUUCAAACCAUCCAGACACACGUGCUGCUCUCAGGAUGAUGAUACGCCCUCCUCUGCGCCCCUCACUCCAUCACCUCCUGCCGCUGAGGGUGAUGGGCACCGCGGCCACCCGGACGGUGGCUGCCAGGCAGCCCGACCUGCUCUCGGCCGCUCUGGCCUUCCAGGAUCCCAGCGCCUUCAAGGUGAAGAGUUGGGGGGAGCUGCUGCGUGCUCUGGGGGUCUUCCGCCUCUGCUCCAUCCCAGUGCUGGUGAACAACUGUGGGAAGCUUAUGUCCGCAGCACGCACCAUCCUGGGGAGAAGGGGCUUUUCCUUGCUGCUGCGGCCCACUGUGUACGCUCAGUUUGUGGCCGGAGAGAGUGAGGCAGAGAUCUCUCAGUCCAUGGAGAAGAUGAAGCUGCUGGGACUGAGGCCCAUGCUGGCAGUGCCCAUCGAGGAGGAUCUUGGAGAAAGCACCGGAGAGAAGAGAUAUGACGACAACAUGGAGGCCAUGCUGGAAUGUGUGCGGAUGUCACACGGCAACACCUGGAGCCAAGACCCAAUGAUGCAGCUGAAGAUGACAGCUCUGCUCAGCCCGGAUCUGUGUGUGAAACUCACAACCCUCAUUGCACAAAAACCGUACGACCUGAGUCUGGUUGUGAAGGCCAUGGAUGGAGAGCCAAUCAGCUUCCCUGGUUUGGAUGAAAGUGAAGUCGCCCACUUCCUGUGUGGUCUACGGAGACUCAACAAAAUAGCAGAGGAGAGUGUCAACAAAGUCCGAGUCCUGGUGGAUGCUGAGUAUACCUACAUGAACCCCGCCCUCUCUCUUGUCACCAUGGCGAUGAUGAAGAAGUUUAACAAAGACAGCGCCUGGAUUUGGAACACGUAUCAGUGUUAUCUGAAGGAGUCCAGGUCCCUCCUGUUAGAAGCUCUGUCUCUGUCCAAGAGCGAGGGUUUCUGUCUGGGGGUCAAGCUGGUGAGAGGAGCCUACAUGGACAAAGAGAGGACACUGGCAGAGAAAGAAGGUCGACUGGACCCCGUCCAUCAGUGCUGGGAGGACACCAACGACAGUUAUAACGGCUCGCUGGAUGUCAUGCUGAAAGCCAUAUCCCAGAAACCUGAGCGCCACAGGAUCAUCAUCGCCACCCACAACGAGGAGUCCGUGAGACGAGCCGCCCAACGGAUGGAAGAGUUGGAGAUUAACAAAGAUGGAGGUUCAGUGUGUUUCGGCCAGCUGCUGGGAAUGUGUGACCACGUCUCCCUCACGCUCGCUAAGGAGGGUUAUGCCAUAUACAAGUCAGUGCCAUACGGCUCAGUGGACGACACACUGCCCUACCUGGUGCGUCGGGCUCAGGAGAAUCGCACUGUGUUGCAGGGAAUCCGCAAAGAGAGGGAGCUACUGAGGAAAGAGGUGUGGAGGAGGCUGCGUCUGAGGGGAGGCAGCUAAUACUUCAAAUACUUCGCCGUUAGGAAAUGUGUGGAGUGAAAGGAGCCACAAUGUGUUAUGAUUGUAUGACCCAUGUUAAAUAGGUAUGAAAGCUGUGAGGGAAAGGCUAAUGUAGAUCUGAUCUAAAUUACAAAGCAUUCAUUCAUUCUUUGGCAGCCCAGCAGUAAAUUACAUUUUUCAUUUAAUAAGAAAGACAAAUAACCAAAGCUGCUUUGACAGGGUUGGUUGAAAGGUGAAAGGGUUGGUGUGGACUUUUAUUUUAAAAUAUAAUUAUGAUAAAAAGGUUUUUACUGGCUGUCAGAGGAUUAAACUUCUGAGCUAAUUAGUAACCAGAGGAGAGUCUUGCUGGCUCUGGCUCAUCUGACUUAGGAGACAUUUUUUUGAAAUGGUGAUAUAUAACAAGGUGAAAUGUGAAAAUAAACACUGGAAGUUCAGGCUAGAUAUAUACUGUACAAGUUACAGGGAUUUAAAGUAUUUUAGCUUUUUUAACUGAUGAUGAAUCAACUUCUCUGAUGCAGAUAAAAAAAGUUUAGAGACUUAGUUAAAGUCUGAUGAAUAAAAUGUUCACCAACACUCAUGGGAAA